AUGGCGCGGGGAGACACCCCGCAGGACAGUUACCACCUGGUCGGGAUCAGCUUCUUCAUCCUGGGCCUGGGCACCCUCCUUCCCUGGAACUUCUUCAUCACCGCCAUCCCGUAUUUCCAAGGGCGGCUGGUAGAGGCCAACAGUACAACUGGAAUUCUGGGUACCAACCACACGGGCCCCACAGAUGCCUUCAACUUCAACAACUGGGUGACGUUGCUGUCCCAGCUGCCUUUGCUGCUCUUCACGUUCCUCAACUCCUUCCUGUACCAGUGUAUUCCAGACACAGUGCGGAUUCUGGGCAGCCUGCUGGUCAUCCUGCUGCUCUUCGCCCUGACAGCAUCACUGGUCAAAGUGGACAUGAGCCCUGCGCCUUUCUUCUCCAUCACCAUGGCCUCCAUCUGGUUCAUCAACUCCUUCGGUGCAAUUCUGCAGGGCAGCCUCUUUGGGCAGCUGGGCACCAUGCCCUCCACCUACAGCACCCUCUUCCUCAGCGGUCAGGGUCUGGCUGGCAUCUUUGCUGCCCUUGCUAUGCUCCUGUCUAUGGCCAGUGGUGUGGAUGCCCAGACCUCUGCCCUGGGGUACUUCAUCACGCCCUGUGUGGGCAUCCUCAUCUCCAUCAUGUGCUACCUGAGCCUCCCUCACCUGGAAUUUGCCCGUUACUACCUGGCCAAGAAGCCGUCCCUGGCCCAAGCCCAUGAACUGGAGACCAAAACUGAACUCCUCCAGGCUGAUGAGAAGAAUGGGACUCUCAACAGUCCCCAGAGGGCAGCCCUGAUGCUGGAUGUUGACCCCGAGAAGGAACCAGAGGAGGUUCAGAAGCCAGGGAAACCUUCUCUCUUAGUUGUCUUCCAGAAGAUCUGGCUGACAGCGCUGUGCCUUGUAUUGGUCUUCACAGUCACUCUGUCCGUCUUCCCCGCCAUCACAGCCAUGGUGACCAGCUCCACUGGUCCUGGGAAGUGGAGUCAGUUCUUCAACCCCAUCUGCUGCUUCCUUCUCUUCAACCUCAUGGACUGGUUGGGGCGCAGUCUGACCUCCUACUUCCUGUGGCCCGAUGAGGACAGCCGGCUGCUGCCUCUGCUGGUCUGCCUGCGCUUCCUGUUUGUGCCGCUCUUCAUGUUGUGCCACGUGCCGGAGAGGUCCCGACUGCCCAUCCUCUUCCCCCAGGACGCCUACUUCAUCACCUUCAUGCUGCUCUUCGCCGUUUCCAACGGCUACCUGGUGUCCCUCAGCAUGUGCCUGGCGCCCAGACAAGUGCUGCCGCAUGAGCGGGAGGUGGCAGGCGCCCUCAUGACUUUCUUCCUGGCCCUGGGCCUCUCCUGUGGAGCCUCCCUCUCCUUCCUCUUCAAGGCUCUGCUCUGA